AUGGCGGAGGAGUCGAAGGAAAACGAAGAGAAGGUGAAGCUUUUCGUCGGACAAGUUCCGAAACACAUGUCGGAGACUCAGCUCCUCGCAUUGUUUCAGGAAUUUGCCGUCGUCGACGAAGUCAACAUCAUUAAGGACAAGAUAACGCGAGCUUCCCGAGGAUGUUGUUUUGUGAUAUGUCCUUCAAGAGAAGAAGCAGAUAAAGUGGUCAAUGGUUGUCAUAACAAGAAGACAUUGCCUGGGGCAUCCAGUCCGUUGCAAGUUAAGUAUGCAGAUGGAGAGUUGGAAAGACUAGAGCACAAACUUUUCGUUGGUAUGCUUCCAAAGAAUGUCUCUGAAGCUGAAGUCUUAUCGUUAUUCUCUCAGUACGGAGCCAUAAAGGAUCUACAAAUUCUAAGAGGGUCUCUACAAACUAGCAAAGGAUGUGUUUUUCUGAAGUAUGAGACUAAAGAACAAGCGAUCACUGCGAUGGAAGAGAUGAACGGAAGACAUAUAAUGGAGGGUUCGACUGUUCCUUUGGUCGUCAAAUGGGCAGACACAGAAAGGGAAAGACAAACCCGCAGACUUCAAAAAGCUCAAACUCAUGCCUCCAGACUCGGUAACCCUGAUCCGCAAAAUCCCUCGCUGUUUGGAGCCUUACCCAUGGGUUAUGUUCCUCCUUAUAAUGGAUAUGGCUAUCAUGCACCUGGAACUUAUGGGUACAUGCUACCACCUAUCCAAACUCAACCUGCAUUCCACAAUAUGAUUUCACCGAACAACGGUAACAACAACGCAUUGCCUGGAACCUCUUUGACAGAGUCUGUUCCACCGCGUUUAGCCGCCCGUAGAAACUUCCCAGUGGCUCUUGGAAAUUACAACUAUAAUGGUUUUCAGUAUCCAGUGGCGUUUCCUAGAGGGAUGAUCACUCCUCGCCUUCCUCUAACCACGGCUCCAUUUGGCAUUUCUAACAACGGCGCAUCAAUACCUUCCUCGGUCCAAACUGAAGGACCGGCAGGUGCAAAUCUAUUUAUCUACAACAUACCACGGGAAUUCGGGGAUCAAGAACUCGCGGCUACGUUUCAACAGUUCGGUAAGGUUAUAAGCGCCAAGGUUUUUGUAGACAAGGCAACUGGUGUAAGCAAAUGUUUUGGAUUUAUUAGUUACGACUCACAAGAAGCUGCGCAGAACGCUAUAAACGCGAUGAACGGUCGCCUAAUAAGCGGUAAGAAACUGAAAGUCCAGCUUAAGAGAGAUAACGGCCAACAACAGAGUAACAAACCGUUAUUAAACGGUUUAUUACACCCGUAA